AUCGGCGCCGCGAAGAGGGCGGCCUACACGCUGGCGGCCGGCUUCACGAUAACCCGCGUCCUGUCUUGUGCCACCGGCACCCUCAUGUACGCAUACUACUUCGACUGCGACCCCAUCGCGCAAAAGGUCGUGUCGCAUUCUGACAAAAUGGUACCGCACUUCGUCAUGGAUGUCGCAAGGGACCUCCCCGGUUUAUCCGGAAUAUUCAUAGCCGGAGUGUUCAGCGCUUCGCUCAGCACGGUGUCCUCCAUCCUCAACACGCUGGCUGGCACGGUAUACAAGGACUUUAUUGAGGGCUGGCUCCCGAAGAAGCCCUCAGAGCAACAGGCCGCCAUCUACCUCAAAGGAAUCACGCUAAUUCAGGGGAUCGCCAUUUUCUUCCUCGUGAUGGUCGUUGAGAAGCUGGGCAGCAUCCUCGAGGUGGCGCUGUCGCUGACGGGCAUGACCACGGGCGCCACGUUCGGCCUGUUCCUGCUUGGGAUGUUCGUGCCCUGGGCCGAGUCGGUGGGUGCGCUGACGGGGGCCUCCGCCAGCUUGGGCUUCAUGUCGGUCGUGACGCUGGGUAACCUUCAGGCCAAGCACUCCGGCAGACUGCGUUACCCCAUGCUGCCCACCAGGACUGACGGAUGCAACGCCACUCUCACCAACACCACCGCUCCGUCGACACCGCUGCCGGUCCUGCCGACGCUCGCCAGCAGGGUGGAGUACGACGAGGACCUCUUCCCGCUGUUCCGCAUCUCCCCGUUCCUGUUCGUCGUGAUCGGCGUGGCCAUCACGGUCACGGUGGGCUCGGCGGUGAGCGCGCUGGUGCGGGCUGUGCGCACGCGGCGCGGCCAGAAGGGCGGCUUCGCGGACCUGCCGGACCCGGAGAUGUUCUCGCCGCCGGUGGGGCGCGCGGUGCGCAGGAGACUCGCCGGCGCCGGGCGGGGCAAGCGCGAGGAGGCCGUGGAGAUGUACCAGGCGGUGCCGCUCAAGGCGGACGACGUCCACAGUCAGGCCGGAUGAGCGGACCGAGCUGGCCGCGGCGCCAGCGAUAGCGCAGUGAGAGAAAAGUGUGACAAAGAAAAGAGCGACACCGAGCCGCAAAGAAGAGUUGUAUGGUCACCAGAGGACGGGCAGGAAGAUCAAACGACAAUAAGAGGGAAAGAUGAAAUUGAUGGACUGGAGACUUAAUUGCGGGUACGGUAAUGGGACUUUGGUAGGCGUUAUCUAUUGAGAGCAUCGUAGUCUUCUGUCGGAAGCUCUGUCAUGUGCUCGCCCAAUCGCUCCAGUUUUCAUUGAGAGACUCAGUGGCGCAGCGGCGGCGCAUCAUGCCCGCAAUUAGCAAUAAAAGUUCGGGGGUCAUCAAACAAUGAGUCUUAGAUUUGCCUCAAAAUUAGAGUUUCCAUUAUAUAAUGCAAACAAAGAAGUUGUUCUGACCCUGUUAAUCAUAAUCACGAUAUUCUAAAUAAAUGGCAACGACACAGCCGUCACGGCAGUACGCCUCU